AUGGCGCCACUAUCCGGAUCAGCCAAGAAGAAGAAGCAGAAGGAGAAGGAGAGGGAGCUCCAACGCCUCAAGGUGAUUGAGGAGCGACAAGCGGGGUCGGACACGAGCCCUGAUGAGGAGAUUCCAGCCACCCAGCCCUAUGGACCUUGGGAAGAGCCAAAAGAGAAAUGGGAUGCACGUUUGGAGGCUCAACCCCCAACUGAGAAGUACUCUGAAUUCGAGAAGCGUGCAAAGGCCAGAAAAGGGCAGCCCAUCGAGUAUCAGCCCGCUGCGAUCUCCGAUGAGCAGACGCUACAUGUAGAUGCAUCUACCAAGUUUGAUAGCACUGCGAAACCUGUUCAGAAGCUGGUCUUCGCUUCAGGUAUCAACUUAGACGACACCCUCAUUGACGUCAUCGCGAAUGCAGACGCUACGUUCCGAAGUGCAGUCCGUGUGUUCGUCGCCGGUGACGCCGAAAGGAAGGAGGCAAUUGAGAUCACAAGUGCGGGCGUGGAGAAACUCACCAAAGCCCUGCCUCAACUAGAGGUUAUUGCUCUCCACGGCACAUCCAAGCUCACUCGAACCGCAUUCCCAACUAUUCUCAAGAACUGUGCGAACAUCGAAUCCGUCACCCUGACAGUCGUCCAAGGCCAGAAGUCCAAGCGCAUACGUCUCAACAGCACACUCGAAUGGCUGAACGACAAGACUUUCGUACCCAAGCUGCGAUACCUCGAAUUCCGUGGCGUCUACCACGAGGCUUUCCGUCGCGAGUUCCUUGAGUUUCUUACCCAAAGCAGGCCGGCACUAGAGAUCGUGUUCGAAUUUGACCGGCCAGCACGACCCGAGCUGCGCAGCGAGAAAGAAGAUUGGAUGGGCGUGACGGAUCCCGUUGAAAGGCGAAAAUUGCAGAACCGCUUAAACCAGCGAGCACGGAGAAACCGCGCCCAAAAGAAGAAUGCCAUCAUCAAACAGCCACGUAGUGUCAUCGUUCCGGACGAUACCCAUGAGAGCGAUGCAUCGGGUCGUGAAGGCAGCACGUCCGAUGCUUCUCAAGAUGGUUCCAGCGAGCCGGAUGGCACAAUGAUGCGGAAGUCAUGCAUGGCCGCUCAUCCGAAAGUGAAAGAGCUCAUGCAGCGCUUCUCCGAACAUGCAUAUGCCAGCUACAUGCAAGGGACACCCGCUUUGUCACACUUACCACUGCUUCUCAAGUAUAACGUAGCUAGUGGUCUCGCGCGAAAUGCAGACCUACUGGGGGUUACAGCACAAUACUAUGAUUGGUAUGGCAUCUCGCCACUAAACAAGCAGGGUCCACUCUUGGGUUUGGGAGCUGGAGCGGAAUGGCCUGCAUGUCUACAACCCACUGAAUUACAAAGUUCCAUAGAGCAUCACCCCUGGCUCGAUCUGUUCCCCUGGCCCAAGGUGCGCGACAACAUGCUGCAAGCGUUUCAACGAACAGAGCCCGUUGACUAUGAAGACGAGCUAUGCAUCGAUGUCUGCGAGUAUAACCAUCUAGAUCGCAGACCAAUACUGAUAGUAUGGGGUCCUCCCGAAGAUCAUCGCAGCUGGGAGAUCGAUCCCAUAUUCCUGGAGAAGUGGGGCUGGCUGCUCAGCGGAUGCCCCGAAGUGUACGAAGCCACAAACUACUGGCGCGGAACAAGAGGCGAGAAGCCGAUUACUCCACAGCAGUGGCAUAACACGAUACAAAGGAGUUGCCAACUACAGCGACUAGACUGCUGUCCCUCGAGAAGCGCGGAUGAUAUGGACCCCUUCGCACCACCGCCAAAGCCGAAGACCGCCUUGGGCUGGCACCGCGUCUUGUCGCCCGCUGCCAACGUCAAGGUUUCACCCAUCUCACUAGGCGGAAUCAGUAUUGGCAACUCGUGGAGCAAACUGUUUGGUGUCAGUGAGGAUGCCCACUCUCUGCUGGACACCUAUUUUGACCUCGGCGGCAACUUCGUCGAUACCUCGAAUACCUACAACUCGGAAGAAUCUGAGAAGCUUAUCGGCGAGUGGAUGGAGAAGCGAAACAACAGAGACCAGAUGGUGAUCGCAACUAAGUACGGAGCGGGCUACAGAGCCUACAAUCGGGAGAACGAACCGCUGCAGAGCAACUUUACAGGCACAAGCGCAAAGAGCAUGCACGUAUCAGUUCGAGACAGCCUCCGCAAGCUCAAGACUGAUUACAUCGACAUAUUAUACGUACAUUGGUGGGAUGUUGGUGGUAAUGUGGAAGAGAUCAUGCGCCAUCUUCAUGCACUUGUCAUGGCUAGACAGGUCCUCUACCUCGGGGUCUCGGAUACGCCAGCCUGGAUAGUUGUCAAAGCAAACGAAUACGCCCGCCGCCACGGCCUAACACCCUUCUCUCUUUACCAAGGCCGAUGGAACGCCGCCUACCGUGAUAUGGAAGCCGAGAUAAUACCCAUGUGCGAGGACCAAGGCUUAGCAAUCGUAUCUUGGGCCUCGCUCGGCGGCGGCCAACUGGCUACGACCUCCUCAAGAAAGGCUGCAGAAGAAGAUCCAAAGUCUGGUAAAGGCUUUUACAAUGCAUCAGAGAGCGAUAUAGCAGUAUCGGAGGUCCUCGAGAAAAUGGCAGAAAAGAAGGGUGUUACAUUGCAGCAAAUGGCACUGGCAUACUUGUUCCAUCAAUCCACUCACGUAUUCCCUAUUGUGGGUGUGCAGACUGUGGAGCAUGUCAAGGCAAUGGUACCCGCACUGGCCAUCUCCUUAUCGAAAGAGGAAAUUGAAGAAAUACACAGUGCUGCGCCGUUCAACCCACUGUUUCCGCAAAACUUCAUCUUUGGCGGUCGACCGUAUAGCACUAGGCUGACGGCGGCAGACCAGGCGAAUUAUCAGAUGGCCGCUUGGAUAGACGCACCACCGAAGAAUCCUGGGUACGCGCCACGGUCAUGA